UCUUCCGGGUGGGGCCCCGGGCAGAGGCGAUGGCGCCGUGGGCGCUGCUCAGGCCUGGGGUCCUGGUGCGGACCGGGCACACCGUCCUGACCUGGGGGAUCACGCUGGUGCUCUUCCUGCAUGAUACCGAUACCCUGUCUGUCCCAGGACCCACCCGGUGCCCCAGAUCCGACGACCGACUCGAGCCCCCUUCUCCCCUGAUCCUGGGACCCGCCCGACCCUUCCCAGGAAUUGACUCCCAAGAUUCCGAGGAUCAACUAGAUGAAGGACUGGCGUCCCGCCCAGCCCUGUGGCCACUAGCUGCCCAAGUCCAGGCUCCCCAGCCUCAGGAGGAGGCCAAGGAAGAGCAGACAGCCAUGGUUCCUCAGGCCAUCCCCCUUCGGCGCUGCAGAUACUGCAUGGUGCUGCAACCCCUGCGGGCGCGUCACUGCCGUGAGUGCCGUCGUUGUGUCCGCCGAUAUGACCACCACUGUCCCUGGAUGGAGAACUGCGUGGGGGAGCGCAAUCACCCAGUGUUCGUGGCCUACCUGGCGCUGCAGCUGGUGGUGCUUCUGUGGGGCCUGUACCUGGCAUGGUCUGGCCUCCGCUUCUUCCGGCCUUGGGGGCUCUGGCUGCGGUCCAGUGGGCUCCUGUUUGCCACCUUCCUGCUGCUGUCGCUCUUCUCCCUGGUGGCCAGCCUGCUCUUGGCCUCGCACCUCUACCUGGUGGCCAGCAACACCACCACCUGGGAGUUCAUCUCCUCACACCGUAUCGCCUACCUCCGCCAGCGCCCCGGCAACCCCUUCGACCGCGGCCUGACCCGCAACCUGGCCCACUUCUUCUGUGGAUGGCCCUCGGGGUCCUGGGAGACCCUCUGGGCUGAGGACGAGGAAGGCAGCAGCCAGGAUGUUUAGGGUUGCUAGAGGCCGGGCCACCGUCUUGUGCCUGAAAACCAGAGGGGCUGCACCCGGGGGCAUCAGCGCUCCAAGGGCCUGGACCUCCUCACUGCUGCCCACUCCUCCCAGGCCUCAGGGUGGAGCUGAAGGACAGAACCCUGCCUCAAAGGCAGAAGAGGAGGAAGAGGACCCAUGGGGAGCUUGGGCACCAAGGACCUGGGUUGUGGAGACUUCCACCCUCCCCACCCCAAGCCAGGCUGCCUCCAGUGCACAGUUUUAUA